AUGGCACCAGAACUGUUGACCCGUGAGAAGUAUAAGAAGCCGGCAGAUAUCUACUCGCUUGGUGUAACGAUGUUUGAGUGCUUUAUGUGGAAGGAGGCGUAUAAAGGAAAGAUCUUUAAGUUUCCUUGGGGAAUAGCAGAGUUCGUGGUGAGCGGAAAACGAUUGAAAAAUGAAGGAAAUAUUCCAGCAAACCUUUUUGAGAUCAUCGAAGAGGCUUGGUUGCAAGACCAGAAAUUGCGGUGUAAAAUUCAAAAUGUAGUCGAGUGGCUACAAGAAGUUUUUGAAGAAGAAAAAAUGAGUCCAGAUAAUAUCAAUGAAAAGUUGUCUGAUGAAACCCAAUUGUAA